UUCAAAUGACCUCUACAAAUCCUACAUUUCCCGGAAGUACCGUAAUUUUAGGACACCCUGCAUGUACAUAGUCAUUCUUCCAGCCACACACUUAUAUAUACAUAAGUAUAAUAUUUUGACAUAAAUUGGACUAACUGUUAUACAUACAUAGAUCAGUGAACAAAUAAAUAUAAUUGUACAAACACAAUGAGUGAUAUGAAUCGAAAACCUAAAAUAUUAGUUUUUGAUUUAGAUUAUACUCUAUGGCCAUUUUGGGUUGACACUCAUGUUACUGCUCCAUUUAAAAAAAAGGGAAAUGAUAUAGUAGAUGUUCAUGGGCAAAAGAUACACUAUUACAAAGAAGUACCAGAUGUUUUGAAAAAGUUAUCGGACGAGGGUUAUGAACUUGGUAUUGCUUCUCGUACGUCGGAAAUUGCAGGAGCUAAUCAAUUAUUAAAGUUAUUCAACUGGGAAAAGUAUUUUAAGUACAAAGAAAUAUAUCCUGGAAGUAAAAUAAAACAUUUUUCUGUAAUUCAGGAAGCAUCUGGUACGGACUAUAAGGAUAUGAUAUUCUUUGAUGACGAACACAGAAAUAUUGUUGAUGUAGGCAAACUUGGUGUUACAUGCAUAUUUGUUGGAAGUGGUAUAACACACGCGGUUGUAGAAAAUGCAUUGAAAAAUUUUUAAUGCUUUACAUUUUUAGCUUUAUGUAGCUAAUGAAAUUUAUUUUGAGUUAUUUACUAUUAAUACAUGCAGCAUACACCUAAUGUAUGGUUAUAUGGUUGUUAACAUCAGAAAGUACACAAUGACAAUUCUUCUAUUAAUAGCGCACUUACAUUUAAGUAACGUUAAUGACAUUAAAUAAUUUGUAUUUAAAUUUUAUUAACCAUUGCUAAAUAAUAUUGCAAUGGACUAUUAAUGAAAAUGUCACUAUUAUUUAUUUGGCCAACUAUCUUAAAGAAGGAUGUACAAGCACAACGAGGAGCUUGAGGAGAUAUAAUAUUUAAUAGUUCAGUAAUUUGAUUACCUGACAGUGAUAGAGAUAGUAGGUCCUUUAACACAUUUAUAUCAAAAUUCUUGAAUGGACAUCCCCCUUCAUAUGUUGGACCAGAAACAGCUGCCUAUAAUAUGAUUAAACAAGAAACAAUCAACAUCUAUAAAUUAUUCAUGAGAGUACAAUAUGUGUUACUUACACAUAGGAAUUCACAAUCAACUGAUUUGUAAUUUUUUCUGGACCCUUCUAAACCAUAAAGGUGUCGAAUACUAUAUAUAAAUUUGCGUUCAUUUGAUUGCCAUUGAUGUGAACAAGUAGAUGAACACGAAUGAGGUUUCGAAUAUUCAUCUUUCCAAUAAUUUAUAGCAUCUUCUAUGUGCAUUCCUCCAUCUUUUAGAAAAAGGCUAUAAUGUAAACGAGCAUAAUGUCCUAAUCUAUGGGUAUUCCGUAAUUUUCUAUGCAAAUGCUGCAUACAGAGAGGAAAAUUUUUCAUUUCUGUAUCUAUGUUGUCUACUGUUAUACGUCCAUAUUCAUGACCUCUCUUAAAUAAUUGAUUAUGAAUUUUUUGGUAUAAAUAGUCAAGUCUAUCGUCUUGACUUAUAGUGCGCUGUGCAUUUAACUUUAUACAUGCUAUUUCUUUAUUCAAGUAAGUAAUAAAUAAUGAUGACAGAACUUCCAUAAAUUUAGAACAGUGUACAAUGGCAUAACUUAGUAUGAAAUCGACUGCAGUCUUGUUUAUGAUCUUUUGUUACAAGAUGUUUAAAGACCAGUUCCUUUGAGAAAAAAAUACAUAUAUCAAUCAAUGUAUUAUUAA